AUGAUAGAUGACCGACUGAACUUCAACACCCACGUCAACUAUGCUUGCGAGAAGGCGGCCAAAGCUAUAAACGCUUUAGCUAGAAUCAUGCCGAACAACGCCGGGUCAUGCAGCAGCAAGAGGCGUCUUCUGGCUAGCGAAUCAUCGUCGAUACUGAGGUACGGAGGCCCGAUCUGGAUUGCAACGCUGGAGACACAGCGGAAUCGAGUAAAGCUAAGUAGUACGUUCAGGCUCAUGGCCAAGCGGGUCGCAAGCGCGUACAGGACUAACUCAUCAGAGGCAGUCUGCGUUAUCGCUGGAAUGAUCCCUAUCGGCAUAAUCCUUACGGAAGAUAUGGAAGAUAAGCGGAAGGGGACCAGGGGAAUACGGAAAACAAGGAGAACUGGCUCGAUGGCUAAAUGGCAGCAUGAUUGGGACUCGUCGGAAAAAGGAAGGUGGACUCGCAAACUCAUCCGGUUCUCUCGACCUGGAUAA